AUGCUUCGUCCUGAAUGGAGGCUCUGGCCGAUCUCCACUUUUCUUGGUAUUACUGACCUCAAAACUGGUGUUACUGUGAUCCUACUGUUUGCACUCCUCAACAAAGUAGCAGGCGUAUACGGCUUGAUUGCUGUUAUAACCGGUGCAAAUAGCAAUUUUGCACAGCUCAGUUUGUAUAUAUAUUCAGUUCUCGGUCUCGUUGCCCUAAGUUGGGGACUGAAAUCCGUCAAGGAUGAAAACCCUCAGCACACACUCUAUUUUGCAUACUUCUUCUUUCUCGACCACAUCUUCUCGACAAUUUGGACGGUAUUCUUCUCUAUUAUCUGGUGGACUUAUACCUCGCACGAUGGGCAGCAAAUCUCCAAUUCACAUGCACAGCAGGCCAUCCGACAUAAUGCACCACCUGUAAACCACACUAUGACGGAUGAACAGCGGGCUCUAGAAGCAAACAUUUUGUGGCAUGAGGAGAAGGGCACUGCCAUGGGCGUCAUCGUCAUCAGCUGGCUUGCAAAGAUAUAUUUUGCACUAUUACUCUACUCAUACGCCACACAUCUCCGCAAGGGCUCGUACAACUCCAUUCGACACUUGCGUUCAUAUUCAAGUACUCCCUCUGGCUACAAUGCAGCACUGACCGAAGAAGAGGAUGAAGUCGACGAUUUUUACCUACCCUCGAUACGAAAGAAUCAGCCCUCACACGUUUCAAAUGACUCUAUAUCACACCUUCCAAACGGUUCUACACCGUAUUUCCCCAAUGGUUCUGCUUCAUACACCCCAAAUGGUCCAUCUUCUCAUGCUUCCAAUGGCUCGAUAUCGCAUCUGCCUGAUUUUGUGAGCGCUCCAGGAAGACACGGAAGGAAGGCGAGCAAAAGCUCGUCAGUGAAGACCAAUAUACCCGGAAGGAGAAGUGAGGGAAACGGGGAGGUUAUCUUCGAAGAUGAUGGAUCGUAG